AUGGCGGCGAUGAUGGUGAUGAGCAGUACCACGAUACUCAGUCAAGAAGUGGUGGGUCAGGUGGGCGAGGUGGUGGGUCAGGUGGGCGAGGUGGUGGGUCAGGUGGUGAAGUAUCAUCUCAGCGACUGUCACCUGGUGCUCAUCACAGCUGCGCGACACUCGCCCAUCACCUCUAGUAUAAUCAGGCACCUGAGUGUUGGAGGAGUGGCUUGUGUGGUAGUGGAGGCGGGGUCAGUGGUCUCCCAGGACCACCUGGCCCAGGACCAUCUCCUCCAGCAGCUGUGGGGAGACGCCACGACCACCUGCCGGGGACUCAUCCUCGACCUCACCUCCACCAAUGAUUCUGAGGUCGUCCUCAGGUUGUCAGAGACAGCUGGAUUGAGAAAGAAGUCAGAUACGGUGGUGGUGGCCGUGGGCGGGAGGGCGGGGGUGAGGGAGGUGCUCCUCCACCACAGUCUCCGCAACACCCUCCACGCCCUCUACCUCGCCCUCCACCACCACACCUCCCUCACCCCUCCACCACACCCUGCCUCACGCCUCGGGAAGCCCCACACAGGGGAAGGGACUGUGAAUGGUGAUGUGUGGGUGUACCGGCGGUGCAUGUACUGUGGUGAUGGAGAGGCAAACAUCCAGGUCAUCGGGAACUGGAUGGUCCAGUCUAUCGCCCAGGACAUUCACGCUCUCUUUAAUGAACAGCUGAAUACAAUGAUGGGACACAAGCUGAGUGUGGUGGCAGUACCUCACUUCCCCUAUAUGGACUUCGAUCGCAGCACAGAAGGGCCAGGGGGUGUAAUCUCGCCUAAGGAUACAGUUGACUCUAGGCUGAUUCACACAUUCGCAAAUGUGCUUAAUUUCACGUUUGAGAUUCGGGAGGAGCACGAACUGUCGUGGGGGUUACUGGAGAACGGCGUCUUCACCGGGAUGAUGGGUCAACUCCAGCGUGAGGAGACCGACUUGUGUGCGGCAGCCGGGCCGUCACCAGAGCGCCUCAGGGUUGUAGACUUCCUCAGAGGUUACCCCUCUGAUCUCAUGACGCUCACCUCUCUAAAACCUUCGCUUCUGCCAAAAAACCUGUCGCUGAUAAGGCCAUUUACAGGAGAGCUGUGGGUGGCGCUGCUGGUGAGCGUGGUGGUGUGUGGCGUGAUCCUGUGGCUGCUGCAGAGGGCGUGGCAGUGGGUGGCUGGCGGGCGUCGGAUUUCAUACAGCUCCAUUCUUCUGUAUAUCUGGGGAGACCUGAUGGAGCAGACGGCUAUUCACCUCUCCGUCAGCUACUCAGGAAGAGUCUUGGUGGGGUGGUGGCUGGUGUUCUGUCUGGUGGUCACUACCGGGUACCGGUCCUCAAUGGUCGCCCACAUGACCAUCCAGGGCAAGACUCGUCCCAUCGAGACCUUCGAGGACUUGGCCAAGCAGCACAACUGGAGGUGGGGUACAGAGCCCUGGCUUCUUAAAGGUGUACCUUAUGAAUAUUUCUCCAAGCACCCAGACCCUCUUAUACAGCAUAUAUACAGGAAUAUGGAGAAAGUUUCAAGAGAAGAGGCGCUGAAGAAGGUAUUGGCAGGAAGCUAUACUCUUGUUGUGUGGGAGAAUAACCUCUACAUAACUAUCGCCUCCUAUUAUACCGACACCCAUGGCAACACACCCUAUUUCACCAGCAAGAAAGGUGUCUCCAUUAUGGCAGCUUUCGGAUGGGGCUUCAGGAAAGGAGCACCUUUCUACCCACGUUUUCAUCAAAUAAUAUCGCGACUAGAGGAUGCAGGGAUCAUAAGCUACUGGACGAAGGAGACUAUAUCGAAGCGUGUUAGAGAAAACAGAGCAAGUGCAGCUUUGGACACUCAGAUUAUCCUGGCACACACAGACCAGGACGAUGGCAAAGAAGUAGUGUUGGGUAUGCAACACCUGCAAGGUGCUUUCUACCUUUUAAUUCUGGGCUACAGCGUCGCCUUCCUCACCCUGCUGGGGGAGAACCUCACCCGCUGUUGGUCCUCGCCUCGGUAACACCUUCCUCACCCAACUGGGGGGAGAACCUCACCCAACUGGGAGAAGAACCUCACCCAACUGGGAGAAG